AAUGCUGGAGCUUCUCCCGGCCGGUGUAGUGGAUGUGACAGACCCGGGGCGUCUGCAUGCAGAGUUGUGGGCCGACUCCGUCCUUAAAGUCGUCUCCUGUUGGCUGCCCUUCCUCCUGUCUACUAUCGUGGUGGGGCGGGAUUUACUGGGCUCCAGUUCUCAGUGUUUCCCCUUGGACCGGCUACAUGGGACUGUCCAAUGCGAGAACGGCACAAUCCUGUCUGAUGGCAACUCGUCCACCUUCAGCGAAAUAUCGGUCUACACCAGGCAGAUUUCUGAGUUUGUAAACGUGUAUUGUGCAGGGCAGGAGUCCUUUUGUGCAAACACCAAGUUUAGCUACCACCAGUUUGCCAUGAUGCUGGCUAUACAAGCAGCUCUUUUGUAUGCACCGCUUUUGAUUUGGAAUGUUACUGUUGGCAGGGAAGUCAUUUGUAAUGUCAGGUUCAUAGCAUGUGACAUGGUAGUGCUCUAUGACCGAUUCAGAAAACCAAAAGAUGGCCAGACUGGGGGAGGUAGGGGGAAUGAACAUGUAAACACCCAAGUAGACAGUCAGGAUGCGGGUAUAGGACAGAAGGUUGGUCAUGUUUCUCCACCUCACACACAGCUAAAAGGACCAUAUGCACAAGAGGAGUUAGUUUAUGCAUAUAAAACAUGGAGAAAAACCAGAGUUGUGUACACCUGUUACCUAUUUAAACAGGCAUCGUCUGGUAUUGUUGCUGUUGCUCUUAUUGUUGCCUAUGCCUUGCACCAACCCAUCUCUGUUGAAAGUAUCCGUGAAAAGUUCCAGUGUUCAGUGGAAAAUAAAUUCUUGGUAACUUGCACGGUGCCUGCAGCCAAAGUGCACCUAUUUGUUUGGGGGGCCAACAUGUUUCUACUGUCAGUUAGUGUGAUACUCACCAUAACGCACAUAAUUCUGCUUCAUGCACUUGCUAAAGAUCAACCAUUCGCAGAGAUUGGUAUUAAAAACAAGAAAAAGGAUGACAAGAAAAAGGAUGAAACAAUGCAGGGAAAAAACCCAGCGCAGGAAACACGGCGGGGUAGGGGACGUAAUGAUGACCAACCUGUCAUUGAGACUGGUUCAAAUGAUGAUGAAGAUACUUCAUAUCAUUCAGCGCAAAGUCAAAUCAUCAUUGACGGACAGAAGCAACAUGGAAACACACAAAAUGGAACAAACCAAGUUACUGAACGCCCUCAGAAAUGCUUGUUUCCUCUAAAUGACAGCCAAAUGAUGUAUUCCUUUUUCAAAGCUAACAUAGAGUCGGUUGAGAAGUAUAACUAUGUCAAGAGUCUUCUUAAUGUAGCACCUAAGCAGCAGGCUAAACAGCGAUCAACCACAUAAUUG